UGGAAAAGGCACUCAAAUGUGACUGCUUCCAAUAAUUAUUAUUUAAGGCUAGAAUUGGUUCCACGGGAACUGCAAGACAACACAUAAGGACAUUGUUGCAUCCUCUGUUGUCCCCUUCUCUUAAGUGGUUAUAAAAGCAUGAGUGGGAUCAUGAGCUCUUCAAAAGCACCGAAGAAGACGGAACACUACACUUCAACAAUGGAGGAUGCAGAUGAUGAUGUUGCUGUCAUUGGGAUUGGAUGCAAUUUCCCUGGAGGUGAAGGCUUGGACAAUUUCUGGAAGGUUCUAUUAGAGGGGAAAAAUUGCAUUGUUGAUAUUCCAGCAGACAGGUUUGAUAGGAAUUCCUGGUAUGAUCCUGAUGACAAGAAACCUGGAAAGACUCAAACCACCAAAGCUGCUUUUAUAGACGGCUUUAACGAGUUCGACCACAAGUUUUUUGGCAUCGCCGAGGCCGAGGCGGAUGUCAUGGACCCCCAGCAGAAGCUCCUCCUUCAGUGCGCCUACAGGGCGCUGGAGGAUGCCGGCAUCCCCAUGGAGCACGUCAGCGGAAGCAGAACCGGAGUUUACAUCGGCCUUAUGAACAGAGACUAUGAAAUGCUCCGAAGUAACAGCGCCGACACUAUAAGUCACUACAACGCCACGGGGACGGCCAUGAGUGUCGCCGCCAACAGAAUUUCCUUUGUUUUCCAUCUGACUGGUCCCUCUUUUGCCAUCGACAGUGCUUGUUCCUCAUCCUUGGUGGCUCUGCACGUAGCUUGCCAGGCUUUAAAGCAAGGGGACUGUGAGAUGGCUCUAUGUGGAGGUGUGAACUGCAUCAUAGAGCCCAGAGUCUUUGUUGCUCUCAGCAAGGCCAAGAUGAUCUCACCAGAAGGUUCUAGCAAGCCUUUCUCCAGCAGAGCAGACGGCUACGGCAGAGGAGAAGGCUGUGGGGUCCUUUUACUUAAACCACUUAAAAAUGCGCUACAAGACCGCAACCGAAUUUGGGGCAUCAUUGCCAAAACAGCCGUAAAUCAAGAUGGACAAUCCGUGUCACCAAUCACCAAGCCCUCCUUGCAUCAACAAGAAGAGCUGCUACAGAGAAUUUACUCCCAGUGCGGCCUCGCCACUAUCCAGUACAUUGAGGCUCAUGGAACCGGAACCCCGAUUGGCGAUCCGACAGAGGUGGCUAGCAUCUCAAACGUCAUCACCCAAGCUAAACAUCGCGGUCCAGAGACUCUGUGGAUCGGCUCAGUUAAAGGGAACAUUGGACACACUGAAUCUGCAGCAGGGGUGGCUGGUGUCAUCAAGGUGCUCCUAAUGAUGAAGCAUGAGACCAUUGUUCCUUCUGUUUUCUACUCCAAAGAGUGUUCUAUCCUAGACAUGAUGAGAAUGAGUGUUCCUACAAAAGCUGAGAGGUGGAGGACCAAUGGUGAGCGGGUGGCCGGGAUUAACAGCUUUGGCUUUGGAGGCACAAAUGCUCAUGUAAUUGUAAGACAGCAUCGAGAGGCCACGAGCUCUGCACAGAUCCCAAAAGACGGUCCAAAAAUGUUUGUAACAUCUGCAGCCUCUGAGAAAUCCUUGAUCCAAACCCUCGCAGACACACAACAUAUGCUUCUCAGCGGCCGAGCAGCUGACGUGCAGGCGUUGUGCUACACAUCAGCUUGUGGGAGGAGCCACAGGAAGCACAAAUACCGGAAGGCGAUCCUGACAUCGUCCCUUGUGGAUUUGCAGCAUCAGCUGGCAUUAAAAGAAAAGGUGGAGUGGACAAAGUCAGACAGGGAGGUGGUGUUUGUGUUUAGCGGAAACGGUGUUGCCUUCAGGGGCAUGUGCAAAGAGCUUUUUAGGAAUGUUCCCGUCUUCCAAGACAAGGUGAAAGAAGUGGAGAUCCUCUUUCAGAAACACAAACACAUCACAAUCAGUCCAUGGCUUACUAGCCAGCUCGACACUGAUGACCUAAGCCAGCCAGAUGUUGUCCAACCGCUACUUUUCGCCUCUCAGGUCGCCAUAGCCUCCCUGUUGAAGCACUGGGGCAUCCAACCUGACACGGUGCUCGGACACUCCUUGGGAGAGGUCGCCGCCGCUCACUGCUCGGGACUCUUAUCUCUGGAGGACGCCGUCAAAGUGGUUUACCAGCGCAGUAGCCUUCAAAGUAGGGUCACUGUUGGGAAGAUGCUUGUCGUCAGCAAUGCUGCAGUAGAAAAGGUCCUAAGAAUCCUUCCAGACUUCUCUGGGAAUGUUUGCGUGGCUGCCUUUAACAGCCCGCUGUCUUGCACUUUGUCAGGAGAUGCGGAGGCUGUAGAUCUCCUCUAUGAGAAGCUGAAGAUGAUGUACAUGCAUGAGAAUAUCUUUCUCCAUAUCUUAGAUGUUCCAGCAGCUUACCACAGUCAUUUAAUGGAUCCUAUCGUUGAAGAUGUUCAGAGAACUUUAGAUUGUUUGGUUGUCAACAAGUUGGAGUGCAAACUGUUUUCCACACUGACAGGGCAGGAGUGUGAGCAUGGUGACUUUGGAACAGGUACCUACUGGGCAAAGAACAUCAGGCAACCAGUUCUGUUUGAGCAAACCCUGCGUGCAGUUGCCAAAAACAAGCUUCCAGGGAGGAACAUGGUCUUUGUGGAGAUUGGACCACGUAGAGCUCUCCAAAGAAACAUACUGGAGACCCUCGGGUAUGAAACUAUAGUUCUCUCCUCUGUUGACCCACGAAGAGAAUAUGAAACCAUCUUGUCCACAGUGGGGAGAUUAUUUGAGCUGGGCAUCAACGUGCAUUGGCAGGAGAUCUACAGAGGUUAUGAAACGCCAGCCACAGCAUGCCCGGUCUAUCAUUUUGACAACACAAAGAAGGAAUUGCAUUUUGAGGAUGUCAGAAAAGGAGAAUCAUCUCCUCUUUCACCACAUUUGCUCGUAUUCCCAAUGACGCAGCACAACGAAUACAAGUGCAACCUGUCGGUGGAGAGCGUGGCAUAUCUCUGGGAGCACAAACACAACGGUGUCGCUAUCGUGCCCGGCGCCUUCUACGUGGAGCUGGCGUUCACCUCCUUGAUGGCACAUUUAAAACCAAAGAUGCCCGUCUCCUCUGUGCAGAUCAGUGUGACGUUUCACAAGCUGCUUCGUGCUGACAACCACCAGCUGAAAGUGACAUUUGGCGAAAAUGAAUUUACAAUACGUUCCUCUGCCACCACUCAUGCCUCAGGUACCUUUAGGUGCACAGAGUGUCCAGCUUUCAUAGAGGAACCCAGCAUUCAUCCAGAGAGGAUCUUAAAAAGGUGCACUUUGAUUGUAAAGACAAAUGAGAUCUACUCCAUUCUUUCCAAAGCGGGAUUUGACUAUGGCUCUGUGUUCAAACAACUUCACGAUGUGCAUUUUGGGGAUGAAUUCAAAGAGGUGCUGACAAGAAUUAAAGUACCCGAAGACCUCCUCAAGGAUCUUCACAACUAUUUCCUCCACCCUGUGCUCUUGGACUACUUCAUGCAAAUGACUGCAGUGGUAGCCAUGAGGAGUCUCACAGCCAAGCAGGCAUUCCCCUCCGCUAUUGGCAGUGUUGUCAUUUCAGGACAACCGCAAGAGGAUAUGUUUAUUUACAUGCGGGCAACUCAUGAGACUCCUAACUUCCUUGAAGUGUGUGGUUGCUUUGCCAGCAGAGGUGGAGACGUACUUGUAGAACUUAAAGACGUAAGGCUCACGUUCAUGGGCGGUUGCUCACCUGCUCCUCAGGCACUGUUAUUCCACAAUGAAAUCACUCCAGUCCCAGUUGAGUCUAGUUAUGAUCGGAAGAUAAGAGCGUUAGUUUUUGCAGACAAGCUGGGCAUCACUGAAGCACUUAGGCCGUACUUGCAUCCGGAGUCCUUCACAGUGGUGGACACAAACCACCUAAGACAUGUAGUUCGACAUGCACUUGAUGCCAACUUGAGAGACGUUCUCUUCAUUUGGGCCGCAGAUGAUCUCAGUCACAUGUCACCUGAUAAGACACUGGAGCGCCUGGUGACUUGCUGUGAGUUAUUCCGGCAGGUUGUUCUAGCCUUGAAAGAGGGCAGCCAUUCUUGCACCGUGCGCGUUAUUACCUACAGGUCCUCAGAGAAGAUGGUUGACUGCAUGAGUUCUGGUUUUGUGCUGUCUGGUAUGACAAGAGCUUGUGCAGCAGAGAUAGCUGGCAUCUCUUUUCAGCUGAUUGAUUUGACAUCGCUAACCAGAGAGGACACUGAAUGUCUCGUUGGCGUCAUUAACGGCUGCAAACAAGAAGAAGUCAUUGUUGGUCAAGGAAAGGCGUCCACAGUAAGGUUAACUUGUACUCCCACAGUGGACAGAGUGUCUUUAAAGCGUGACAGACGCUCAGUUAAAGAUUUUGUCCUGCAGACUAGUCAUCCUUACAAAGUGCAAGGCUUGACAGCCGCCCCACAUGACUUGAAUGAUGUCUCAGUCCCGCGGGGAGCUGUUGAGGUUGAGCUAACAAACAUUUGCGUGUAUUCAUCUGAUUACUUCCCUGUUACCCUUUCACACCUGCAUUUUGGGAAGACGCUGUACUGGAACAACUGUGCUGCACAACAUCAUCACACACUUCUGGCUCUCGAUUUUAGCGGCGUCGUGACUGCUGUUGGGAAAGAUGUCUGUGGCAUAAAAGUGGGUGACCGUGUUGCAUCGUGUUAUCCAACUGUGGCCACAGCGAGGGUUGUCGUUCCUGAUUCUCUGUGUUACGGCAUCAAGACGCUCCCGUUUCUGGAGGAAUCUCCAAUUGUGUCUUUCUUCAUCCUGGCAUGGGAGAUCCUGCAGCGAGCCCUUCCCACUGUGAAAGCACAAAAACAGAAUAAAAUGGCAAUCAUCACGCCAAACUUAGCCUCUGUGUUUAUGAAAGUUUUAGCGUUGACAGCCAACCGCUCGGGCUGGAAUGUAUCCUGUUCACCACAUUUGAUGACGGAAGCUUCUGAUCCAUGCCAAGCUUUUGUUUUCCUGCCUCCCAUUGACAACUCCUGGAAGGAACUACAAGAUGACGACGACCAUGAGAGACAUGUUGUUUUUGUGAAUAACACCCACAUGUCGUCCUCAUGCUGGGCUGCGUUCAAGAGCAUCCGUAUGCACAUGCUGGAUGUGACUUGUGUCCUUCAAAGAGCUUACCUCAAGGUGCAAGGCGGCGCCAUCUUUAAGUGGCUCACGUCUCUUGGCUUUGAUAGAGCAUCCCUGCCUAUUAAAAGUAAGACAUUUCAAACGCCACACAUAGCAGAAGCGCAGACUGAUGACUCCUACUUUGCCACAAAGACCGUGCGCCAAGUGGUUUUACAGCAUAGCUACCCAGUGUCUGACAUCCCUCUGUUGGCCAGGCCGAGACAACUCUUCAAAAAACAUUCCGUUUAUGUCAUCACUGGAGGUCUCACCGGUUUGGGGCUCGAGACGGUGAAGUUCAUUGCCAGCAACGGUGGCGGUUGUAUCGUGACGCUCUCCAGACGCACACCGACACAUGAAACACAAUCUGAACUGGAUCUCAUCCAAGGAAGGUAUGACGUCAUCAUCAUGAGCCUCCAGUGUGACGUUUCUGUGCUGCAGCAGGUGGUGGACGCCAUCACCGAGAUUGAACGAAGAUUCAGUUCUUGUCCCAUUAAAGGGGUGUUUCACAGUGCCGCGGUGCUCCACGAUGCAUUCAUCGACACCCUAAAUGAGGCGCUCCUGCUGAAGGUGCUGCAGCCUAAAGUCAGUGGAGCCCUAAAUCUUCACCAUGCAACACUUUCAAAGAAUCUUGACUUUUUUGUGUGCUAUUCCUCCAUCUCUUCAGUCAUCGGCAAUGAGGCCCAGUCGAACUACGCAGCGGCAAAUUCCUUCCUGGACGCCUUCUGUCAUUACCGCAGAAACCUCGGCCUGGCUGGACAGUCCAUCAACUGGGGGCCUUUGAACCUCGGCCUCCUGUUCGACAAACAUCACAUCCAAAAUCUUCUGGAGGCAAAGGGAUUGGCAGUUAUGGAUGUGUGCGAGUUUCAUGGAGCUCUCGCAGAGGUUCUACUCACGAACAGACCUCAGCAGCUCGUAUGCAAGUUCACCUUUAAAAACACUCUUUCACAAAACAACGUACUAAAAGAACAACUGCAUACCUUAGCGGAGCGGAAGGACAACAUGGUGAGCGGUGAGCUGGGACCUCUGCAGCAGUCUUGCCCACGCGGAAGCAUGAGACGUAUCAUCAGUGAUAUAAGCAACUAUGGGGAAGACGAGCUGGAUGACGACGUCACUCUGGCAUCACUGGGCAUCGACUCCAUGCUGGCCAUGACCCUGCAGAGUCAGAUAUAUAGAGAGACAGACGUUCACGUACCUUUGGUCAGGAUACUGGAGCCGAACACUACAGUGGCUAGUUUGGAAACACUUGUGAUGAAUAUUAAUACCAUGUGAUACAUCAGAGCAUGGCAACACCAUCACACUCUUGUGGUAUUUGUCUCAAAUGUAUGGCAUGUGCAAUG